AUGGCUGAGUCUGGGAAGCUAUUUGAUGAUGGGAAUGGAAGCAUCAACUGUGAGGCGGUAGCAAGACCUGAAGAAGAGGUCGAUCUACUCAUUGUUGGCGCCGGUCCGACAGGUCUUUUCCUUGCUCUUCUUGCGCGGCAACUCGGUCUUGAUGUUUGCGUCCUGGAUGCGAAGUCUGGACCACUGCAGGUGGGCGGUGCUGACGCGAUCACUGCGCGUUCUCAACAGUAUCUUGAAGUAGCUAGUAAUCUUGGAUGUGAUUCAAACAAAGAUACUAGCAUACUAGGGGAGUUGUUGAACAAGGGCGUGAAGUGCAACACAAGCUCCAUCUAUGCGGAUGGCCAGUUCACAUCCCGUCAAAGUCAUUGGUGGAAUGGCAUCCCACAUACGUUCUACAACAAUUUGUUGAUGAUUGGCCAGCCGUUCAUCGAGCAGCUUUUUGUUUCGCACCUUGAUGUACCAGUCAAUUACUCAGAACCUGCGCUCUCCUUAUCCCAUUCCAUCACACCGCUGCAAGCUACAGUGCAGACAGCGAAACGAACAAUCAAGGCGAGAUACUGCUUGGCUUCUGAUGGAGCGCGAAGCUUCAUGAGGGGCGAGCUGGGAAUUGGCUGGGAAGGUACAAAGCCUAACAUGGUUUGGGCAGUACUGGACUGUUGGAUCGAUACUACGUUCCCUAUCUGCAGAGAGAUCGUGACUUUGCAGUCUGAUGGCGAAUCUCGAAUGGCAUGGAUCCCACGAGAGAGAGGCAUGCAAAGGUUCUACGUGUUGCUUGAUGGGGAAGUCACGCUGGAAAAGACACAAGACUCAGUUCGACGCCACAUGGCACCACACUCGGUCGAGUUUACGCACAUUGAGUGGUUCAGCAAAUUUGAGAUCAAAGAGCGUGUAGCAACCACCUUCCUGCAUCCGACUUCCCAAGGCCCUUUCAUCCUGGCCGGUGAUGCUGCCCAUGUCCAUUCAGUCAAUGGCGGCCAGGGGAUGAAUACCGGACUUUCCGAUGCCUUCAAUUUGAUCUGGCGUCUAUACUUCUCAAUUAAAUGCCCUGAUCUUCCUCUAGCCACUCGAAACGCAAUAGUCGAGAGCUACGACCUGGAGCGAAGAGCUACUGCCAAAGGUGUUAUCGACGUUGCUGCUAAGCUAGUGCGCAGCACGACCACAGAGGCCAAACACUAUGUUGAUCUCAUCGAAAAGAACUCGGGUUUCAUCACUGGCAUGGGUGUGGCUUACUCGGAUAUGGCCUCACCGCUGGUCAAGGAAUCAGCGCAAGGUAUCUUUGACGCGGGAAAGCGAUGUCCAGAUCUUUGGCUGCAGGGGCCAGGCUCUGGCGACUCGAUUCGACUUUAUCAGAAACUUCGCUACGGUCGAUACAUCAUUUUGCUGGCUGGUAAAGCCGCUUCAGUUCAGCUAAGAGAGGGAAACCCUAGAUUCCUGUCUAUAAUCAGGCUGAGGCCUCUACGCGCCAUGAGUAUUGGUGUUAGUAGCGUCAACGGCGUUAGUGGAAAAACCGUUGAUCAGGAAGAUGAGUUGGAAGCCUUGACUUGCUCAUGGAUCAAGAAACAAGACGACUAUGCUGUUUUGGUAAGGCCAGACUGUUACACUGAAUUCGUUGCAGACGUAGAGUCAGUUGUAGAGUAUUGCAAAACACGACUACCGGGCUUACUCUUAAGUCCUUAG